GCUCGCCGUAGUUGUCAGUGCGGAUUUCGGGCUCCUCCUCGGGACGAAGCGAAGGAAGAUGUUUGUGUGGCAGCAUUAAGGCUUGAACAUCAAACCACCACCAUGUCUGUGAGCGGAGGAGGAAGCCGAGGCUUUUACUUUAACACCGUGCUGUCCCUGGCUCGCUCGCUCGCGGCUCAUCAGCAGGCGCCCAUAGAGAAGGUCCAGAAGCUACAAUGCAUGUGCCCCGUGGACUUCAGAGGAGUCUUCCAGCUGGAUGAGAGGAGGAGGGACGCCGUCAUUGCACUGGGAAUCUUUCUAGUAGAGUCGAACCUGCAGCACAAAGAUGCUAUCGUCCCCUACCUUCUCGGGUUGCUCAAAGGGCUUCCUAAAGUUCAGUGGAUUGAAGAAAGCUCAGAACGCAAAGGACGAGAGACUCUUCCUGUCGCAGAGAUCUUCAGCUUUUCUCUCGUAACACUACUGUCAGACGUUGCCCAACGUGAUGAGACCCUACGAGGACAGAUCCUGGAGGCGGUUAUGGACAUCAUGCAGGUCCUGCAAGAUAUCUGCAAGAAUCCAGAGGCUCAUGAUAAAGACUACCUGUGCAGGUACACUGUGCCCACCCUGCUCGGUGUCGCCCGAGCAUUUGGCCGAUACAGCAACACUGACGAGCCGCUGUUGUCCAAGCUGUUCCCUCGACCAGUUGCUCCUGUGCUGCCUACUGAAAAUGAGAGCGACGCGGUGCACCGACGGUCCUUCAACGACUUCCGCUCCAUCCUGCCGAGCUCUCUGCUCACGGUGUGUCAGGGAGACACUCUGCGACGUAAAGCCUCCUCUAUGUCCAGCGUGUCACAGCAGGCCAGUCCAGAGAGAGGCUGUCUGACCCCCAUCUCACCUGCUGAUCCCUCUGCACAAUACUUUGAAGGGUCAUACCUCCCUGACGGCAGCGCAGUGGACCCCAAUUACUACUUCUCCAACAUCAGCUCCAGCUUCUCCGUCUCCCCUCUUUUCACUGGCAGCAGCUCUGGAGAGUUUCAUGUCCCGCUGGAUAUGCUCAGACAGCUCCUUCACAUGGUUGAACAAUUUGUGUCCGAGUCGUUUUUAAAAUCACUGGAUGACUCCUUGGCAGAACUUCUAGAGUUGAGUCCUGGUCUUCAUCUCUACUAUAAAACCUUCAGUGAUCCUCUGUAUGUAGCCAUUUUUAAAAUGCUAAGAGACACCCUGUACAAUUUAAAAGACCUUCAGACAGACUACGUGAAGGAGGUUCAUGACUUCGUGCUGGAGCAGUUCAGCAGCAGCCAGUCGGAGCUGCAGAGGAUCCUGCACGACGUGGAGUACCUCCAGAGCGAACUGAGCCCCCUCAAACUGCGCUGUCAGGCCAACGCUGCCUGCGUGGACCUCAUGGUGUGGGCCGUGACCGAAGAGCAGGGAGCGGAGAACCUUUGCACCAAACUCUCAGAGAAGCUGCAGUCCAAGACGUCCAGUAAAGUCAUCAUCGCUCACAUGCCCCUCCUCAUUUGCUGCUUACAGGGUUUGGGUCGUCUGUGUGAGCGCUUUCCUGUGGUGGCCCACUCGGUCACCAUGUCCCUCAGAGACUUCUUGGUGGUUCCCUCUCCUGUUUUGGUGAAGCUGUACAAAUACCACAGCCAGUACACCACAGGGGCUGGUGAGAUAAAGAUCCAUGUGACCAACGAACAUUCCCAGUCGACCCUCAGCACCCAUUCGAGCAAGAAGAGUCAGCCCUCCAUGUACGAACAGCUGCGGGACAUCUCCAUAGACAACAUCUGCAGGUGCCUGAAAGCUGGACUGACUAUGGAUAAUGUGAUUGUAGAAGCUUUUCUCGCCAGUCUGUCUAACCGUCUCUACAUCUACCAGGAGAACGAUAAGGAUGCUCACCUGAUCCCGGACCACACCAUCAGAGCUUUGGGUCACAUUGCCGUGGCCUUACGAGACACCCCCAGAGUUAUGGAGCCCAUCCUCCAGAUCCUGCAGCAGAAGUUCUGUCAGCCUCCGUCCCAGCUCGAUGUCCUCAUCAUAGACCAGCUCGGCUGCAUGGUCAUCACAGGCAAUCAAUACAUCUACCAGGAAGUAUGGAAUUUGUUCCAGCAGAUCAGCGUCAAAGCCAGCUCCAUGGUCUACUCCACCAAAGACUACAAGGACCAUGGAUACAGACACUGUUCCUUGGCUGUGAUAAAUGCUCUGGGUAAUAUAGCCGCCAACCUUCAGGCUGAGCAGAUGGUCGACGAGCUGCUGGUCAACCUGUUGGAGCUUUUCGUUCAGCUGGGAUUGGAGGGGAAGAGAGCCAGUGAGAGAGCCUCAGACAAAGGCCCGGCUCUGAAGGCAUCGAGCAGUGCUGGAAACCUCGGUGUCCUAAUUCCAGUUAUUGCUGUGCUGACUAAGAGGUUGCCGCCAAUUAAGGAGGCAAAGCCACGUCUGCAGAAGCUCUUCAGGGACUUCUGGCUCUACUCUGUUGUCAUGGGAUUUGCUGUGGAGGGCUCAGGUCUGUGGCCUGAGGAAUGGUAUGAGGGAGUUUGUGAGAUUGCAACCAAAUCACCGCUGCUCACAUUUCCCAGCGGGGAGCCUUUACGCUCAGAGCUGCAGUACAACUCUGCACUGAAGAAUGACACGGUCACUCCGGCGGAGCUGAAUGAUCUGCGUAGCACCAUCAUCAACCUGCUGGAUCCUCCUCCCGAGGUGGCUGCUCUCAUCAACAAACUGGACUUUGCCAUGUCCACAUAUUUGCUGUCUGUUUACAGAUUGGAAUACAUGAGGAUGCUGCGUGCUCUGGACUCGGACCGCUUUCAGGUCAUGUUCCGAUACUUUGAAGACAGAGCGAUACAGAAGGAUAAAUCUGGCAUGAUGCAGUGUGUGAUUGCCGUUAGCGACAAGGUUUUUGAGGUCUUCUUGCAAAUGAUGGCUGAAAAACCAAAAACCAAAGCCCACGAGGAGGAGCUAGAACGUCACGCUCAGUUCCUCUUGGUCAACUUCAACCACAUCCACAAGAGGAUCCGCAGAGUGGCUGACAAAUAUUUAUCAGGCCUGGCUGAAACUUUCCCCCACUUGUUGUGGAGUGGCCGCGUGCUGAGGACCAUGUUAGACAUCCUGCAGACGCUCUCCCUCUCACUCAGUGCGGACAUCCAUAAAGACCAACCUUACUACGACAUCCCAGACACGCCGUACAGAAUCACUGUCCCAGAUACAUAUGAAGCCAGAGAGAGCAUAGUGAAGGAUUUUGCUGCACGAUGUGGGGAGAUCCUUAAAGAGGCUAUGAAGUGGGCGCCAUCUGUGACCAAAUCACACCUUCAGGAGUAUCUGAACAAACAUCAGAACUGGGUGUCGGGUCUCUCCCAGCACACGGGCCUGGCCAUGGCCACAGAAAGCAUCCUGCACUUCGCCGGGUACAACAGACAGAGUACAACACUGGGGUCCACUCAGCUGACUGAGAGGCCCACCUGUGUGAAGAAGGACUACUCUAACUUCAUGGCCUCCCUCAACCUCAGGAACAGAUAUGCUGGAGAGGUAUCCGGCAUGAUCCACUUCGCGCAGGCAGUCCGGGGACAGACCGAUCUGGGCCGGCUGAUAAUCAAGCAGAUGGCAGAGGCUUUAGACUCUGCACAGCCUGAAGCCUUCACUGAGGCCAUGUUCAAACUGGCCGCUUUGCUCAUCAGCACCAAAGACUGCGAUCCUCAGCUGCUCCACCACCUUUGCUGGUCUCCUCUCAAGAUGUUCACAGCACACGGCAUGGAAACGUCUAUCGCCUGCUGGGAGUGGCUGCUGGCAGCUCGUGUUGGAGUGGAAGUACCGUUUAUGCGAGAGAUGGCGGGCGCCUGGCAGAUGACCGUGGAGCUUAAGAUGGGCUUGUUCUCAGACGCUCAGGUGGAGGCCGAUCCUCUGGCUGCAUCAGAGGAGAGUCAGCCCAUCCCCUGCCCUCCAGAUGUUACCCCUCACCACAUAUGGAUCGAGUUUCUAGUGCAGAGGUUUGAGAUAGCGAAGUAUUCCAGCGCAGAUCAAGUGGAGAUCUUUGGCAGUUUGCUACAACGAUCACUGUCCCUCAACGUUGGUGGGGCUAAGAGUAGCAUCAACCGCCACGUAGCCGCCAUUGGACCUCGUUUCAGGCUGCUGACUCUCGGUCUGGCUCUGCUUCACUCUGACGUCCUCACAAAUGCAACUGUAAGAAAUGUGCUCCGAGAGAAGAUCUACUCUACAGCCUUUGACUACUUCAGCGUGGCUCCAAAGUUUCCCACCCAAGGCGACAAGAAUCUGCGCGAGGACAUCAGCAUCAUUAUCCGUUUCUACGCCAGCAUCCUGUCCGAUAAGAAGUACCUGGCAGCGUGCCACUUGGUCCCACCUGAUAAUCAGGACCCGUCCUUGAACAGUCUGUCAGUGAUGAACGCUGCCGACCUCAGGAGCAACAUGGACUCCAGCUCUCGCUCCCAGCAGAGCGGCCAGGGAUGGAUCAACACCUACCCGCUGUCCAGUGGCAUGUCCACCACAUCCAAGAAAUCAGGCACGUCCAAGAAGAGCAACAGAGGAACGCAGCUUCACAAAUACUACAUGAAACGCAGGACUCUGCUGCUGGCCUUACUGGCAAGCGAGAUCGAACGCCUGACGACGUGGUACAACCCCCUCUCCACUCAGGAACUGGCCAUCGCCACGGAGCAGUCAGUGGAGACCAGCAUUGCCAACUGGAGGUCCAAAUACAUCAGUCUGACUGAGAAACAGUGGAAGGACAACGUCAACCUGGCCUGGGGUAUCGCUCCCUACCUGGCUAUGCAGUUACCAACCAGGUUUAAGAAUGACGCCAUUGUGGCUGAAGUGACCCGGCUGGUGAGACUGGACCCCGGAGCUGUCAGUGAUGUGCCUGAGGCCGUCAAGUUCCUGGUGACGUGGCACACUAUUGACGCUGACUCUCCUGAGCUGAGUCAUAUCCUGUGUUGGGCUCCGGCAGACCCACCCACUGGUCUGUCCUACUUCAGCAGCAUGUACCCUCCUCAUCCUCUCACUGCUCAGUACGGGGUUAAGGUGCUACGCUCCUUUCCUCCAGAUGCCAUCUUGUUCUACAUUCCUCAGAUUGUUCAGGCUCUCCGUUAUGAUAAGAUGGGUUAUGUGAGAGAGUACAUCCUGUGGGCGGCCCAGAAGUCUCAGCUUCUCGCCCACCAGUUCAUCUGGAACAUGAAGACCAACAUCUUCAUGGAUGAGGAAGGACACCACAAAGAUCCUGACAUCGGGGAGCUGUUGGAGCAGAUGGUUGAGGAGAUCACAGGUUCUCUGUCGGGUCCGGCCAAAGACUUCUACCAGAGAGAGUUUGACUUCUUCAACAAGAUCACCAACGUGUCCGCCAUUCUCAAGCCGGUUCCAAAGGGAGAGGAGAGGAAAAGGGCGUGUCUCAAAGCUCUGUCGGAUAUCAAAGUCCAGUCAGGCUGUUACCUACCCAGUAACCCUGAAGCCAUAGUGCUGGAUAUCGACUACAAGUCUGGAACACCCAUGCAGAGUGCUGCCAAGGCGCCCUAUCUGGCCAAGUUCAAGGUGAAGCGCUGUGGGGUGAGUGAGCUGGAGAGGGAGGGUCUCCGCUGCCCCUCGGACUCUCUGGAAGACGGAGAGGAGAAUCCAGACGGAUCGCGCAGGAUUUGCUGGCAGGCGGCCAUCUUUAAAGUGGGAGACGACUGCAGACAGGAUAUGCUCGCUCUGCAGAUCAUUGGGCUUUUUAAGAAUAUUUUCCAGCUGGUUGGCCUGGAUCUGUUCGUCUUCCCCUACAGAGUGGUGGCCACUGCACCAGGGUGUGGUGUGAUCGAGUGCAUCCCAGACUGCAAGUCCAGAGACCAGCUUGGCAGACAGACGGACUUCGGGAUGUACGAUUAUUUCCGUAACCAGUACGGAGAUGAAUCCACCCUCGCCUUCCAGAAGGCUCGGUACAACUUCAUCCGCAGCAUGGCCGCCUACAGCCUUCUGCUGUUCCUCCUGCAGAUCAAAGACAGACACAACGGCAACAUCAUGCUGGACAGCAAGGGCCACCUCAUCCACAUCGACUUCGGGUUCAUGUUUGAGAGCUCUCCUGGCGGUAACCUGGGCUGGGAGCCAGACAUCAAGCUGACGGACGAGAUGGUGAUGAUCAUGGGAGGCAAGAUGGAGGCCACACCGUUCAAAUGGUUCAUGGAGAUGUGUGUCAGGGGAUAUCUGGCUGUACGACCCUACAUGGAUGCAGUGGUUUCUCUAGUGACCCUCAUGCUGGACACCGGACUGCCAUGCUUCAGAGGACAAACCAUUAAACUCCUCAAGAGCAAAACGUACGACAUGCUGCAGUAUUACCAGAACCAAAUUCCUUACUAAGGAUCCUCCACCGGACCUCCACUGUACGUCCAACACAAACAUCACUACACAAGCAAUGCAAACCUUCUUUUGGGUGAUUUUAAUACGGCGGCGGUUGCACCAGCCGGUUCUGUACACCACUCUGCUCCUUUAAGAGAGAGAGAACAACAACUUGGCACUUUGAUCCUAAUGCUCCAACUAUUUUCAGCAUACUGUAAGUUGUCGGAUUUUAUAAUGUACAUCUGAGUUUUAAAGUAGUUCUUUAUUUCACUUGAGAGUACAAGAACAAUGUACGACUUUAACCAAAAGAGGUAUUUGAAUCACCCUUUAAGUAUUUUCUUCCUGAUGCUGUUAUUUGUUACUCAACAACUAAACUGUCACACUAGAGGAAGAUGGCCAUGAAGGGAGACAUAUUUAUAGUGUUUGUCGAAGCAGCUGUUAUAAUCAUUGUUAUCAUUUUGUUUCUAUGCUGUUGUCCACUUUUAUGCACUUUAUAGAUCACAGUAUUUCAUCAGCUUCGCCUGCCUAUGAUCGAGAGUUUAAACAGAGAUUAUACGUCAGAAAUCAGAGAUUAAAGCAACCUGCAGUUUAAUCACCUCAUCAAUAAAACCGCAGUAUUUUUGAUUUAGUAGAACACGAGCCUGUGUUGAUAGAUCUGAAAUCAAUGCAGGAAUCAAUCAGCAUUUAAUGGAACAGUAGUCUUUAGAAAUGUUAAGGUAUUUAGAGAAUCCAACAUAAUUAUGCUGUAGUAUUUACUGUAGAAUAUGUACUGUAGAAUCACAUCCAGAUCGCAGGUAUGUUUCUGUGAUUUACAUGGAUCUUGUAAAGUUAUACGUGAACAACAUAUUUAUCAGACGAUUUUGAAGACUUUUAACUGUGCAACUUUGAUGCUUAUCCUCAAAGCCAGUCACGUCACACCUCAUCACGUCAGCUUUUUCGCUUAUAUUGGUUGUUUAGAGGUAUUUUUCCACCACGGGGACUUUAAUGACCUGUAACCUGAACUUUUAAGAACCUGUGAGUCUUUCGUGUUUGGUUCUGCUUUUUGUUUCCACUGUUUGUGUUUUAAAGUUUGGAACAUUGUAAGGUUUAUUACAGGUUUAUUACAUUCCCUGAGUAUAAAAGAUGUCUAUCCAAUGGAGAACUUACUUAUGUUAACCAAACAUAACUGGGGUAGUGUGCUCCCCAACAAACAGUCUACAGUUUACAAGGAACAAAUGCACAAGCUGGCAUAAUACACAUAUUGGACAUUCUGAAUCAGAAUAUCGUCUUUAUAUUGAAGCGUGCUUCCUUGCAGCGCUGUUUUAAAAAAUUAUUAAACAGUCCUGUAACAACGUCAGACUCACUAUGAACAGUUUCAUAAAAAGGGAUAAAGUCUUUUUUUAUUUAACACGUUCUCCUUCCUUCUUAAUCUGGAGCCUACAUCACCCACAAUGCAACCUGGCCGCCGACAGUUGAGUCGGAUUCAGUAUGUUGAAAAGACAAAGUGUUGAACAUGGUUAAAAGAUAAAAGUGACAUAUAGUCACAUCUUAAGUUAGCUUAUGUGCAAGAUGCUAGCUAACUAGCCAGCUAAUCUACAUCCAUCGCCCAGUCUGAAUUUGCAUAAACACGUCUCAACUUCAACUGUCAAACUAGGCAAUGCUGAUGAAUUCUGUUCCUACAUUGCCUAUUUAUCCCUUAAAACGUUUCCAGAAACAUAUUUUAAUGUACUGUUUAGCUGUAAUAUGUAAAAGUUUGUUCCUCGCCCACCAGCCCGAGCGUUUAGUGGUCCGUUGCCUCCAGAUGCGUCCUCGCCAGAUUCCUGAAAUGUAGUCGUAGAACAGUGGAAAUAAAAGCAGAACCUGUAACAGUGUUGGGUUCCUGUAGUGGAAGAGUUGACACAGCACAAGGAGUGGACCAGGAGCUCGCUGGCUGCUCUACAUCACAGCAUGUUCGUCUCCAACAGAGACUCCGAUAUAUUUUUGUCCUGUGUAAUAAAAUGUGUGAGAUUACAUGUCUGCGUACCCUUUACAGUGUGUGUAACCCCGUUUUGGAAACAUUCCUCUUGAAGUAUUUGGAUGAUUAUGGAAGCACUUGGGUUUGGGUUUGUGUUGGAUGAUCUUUCUGUUUCUGAUGCAGAUGAUGAUUAUACCUAAAAAGCCAUUUCUCCUACCCUUGGUAGAAACACAACUGUAGUAAUACUUGAUGAAAAAAAACCUAACCUUAUGCAAUAUAUUCAUGUAUAUUUAUAUGUGUGUGUUGUGUUCAACAAAUGAAGUUGCUAUAAUUCCUUCCAUCGCAACCCUCGUGUGAGAAGUGUUGUAUGUUGCAGCUGCUGUCUUUAUGAUUUAAGGGGUGCACAUAAAGUAUUAAAGUAUACAGAAGUACUUGUUUAAUGGCUUAUAAAACUCAACAAAGCCAGUUUUUAAUGUGGAUUUUAUUGAGUUAUUUUAAAUAUGUUAGUCAUCCCUUAUGUCCACCAUGAAUCAGAAGUCACUAUGUAAUAUACUGUAUGUGUGUGUGAGUGUUUGUGUGUGUGUGGGUGUGUGUGUUUGUCUGUAUUUGCUCAGUUUGUGGCAAAAUCAUUGCCGGUUCAGAUUAAGAUCAUGUCUGUUAUUCUGAUAAUGUGUGAAAACUUCUUCUUUUCCACAUUAAAUGUGUAUACAUUU